GCUAGUCGUCAACACGUCUAGACCAGGCUUUAUUUUAAUUCAUUCAUUGUUUAGGACUGUACCAUUUUUAUUGUUAUCAUAGAUUAUAGAACGCAUUAAAAAAAAACAUAGUGAUGUUCGAAAAUUUUAAAUCGGAUUUCAAAUUGAAAUGGCGGCAAUAUUUGGCAGCAUCUCUAGCCAGCUACGGCAGUCUGUGUACAGGCAUGUCUAUGGGAUGGACGUCGCCAGUGUUCCCACAGCUUCGUUCAGAAAACUCCCCUUUACCACGUGAACCAACCUUACAAGAGGAAAAUUGGAUUGGUUCCUUGUUGGUGCUUGGCGGACUACUAGGACCUCUAAUAACAGUACCCUUAUCCAACCGUAUUGGCCGACGUUGGAUCAUUAUAUGCUCCAACAUUCCUCUCUUACUGGGUUGGCUAUUGGCUGGUGUGGCCACGAGUUUGCCAACUCUAUACGCGGCUAGGGUAAUGUGGGGGUGUGCUACGGGAAUGCAGUUUGCGACUGUGCCUUUGUAUAUUGGGGAAAUUGCUGAGGACAAAAUCCGAGGAGCCCUUAGUGCAUUUUUCCUUCUAUUCAUAAAUAUAGGGUUCCUUCUAGCGUAUGCUAUUGGUCCCUUUACCACAUACUGGGGUCUGACAGCUGCGGGGGGCAUUCUGUCGUUGUUCUAUGUGCCUUUCACUUGGUUCAUACCGGAGACACCUUUCUUUUUGGUUUAUAAAGGUAAUAUAGACGAAGCAUCAAAAGUACUGCAAAAAUUACGAGGUCUACCAAAAGCUGGUAUUCAAGCUGAAUUGGAAGGUCUUCAAGCGAUGAUAGCGAGAGAAUUCAGGACAGAGCCUAGUAUUAAAGAUUUGUGGGCUACGAAAGGAAAUCUUAAGGCUUUAGGUAUUUGUGUAUUCCUAGCCAUGUUACUCCAAUUAUCUGGUAUAGAUGUGCUAUUGUUCUACAUGGAAGAGUUACUAGUAAAGAUUGGCACUAGGAUCUCUGCUGCUGACGGUACUAUUAUUAUGGGUGUUGUUCAGGUAGUCACAAGUUGUAUCACACCGCUUGUUGUGGACAGAUUGGGCAGAAAGCUACUCAUGUGGACUACAUCACUUGGACUUUCUAUAUUUUUGGGUAUUAUUGGUGUGUACGCACUAUUAGAUUCUCACUACAAAUACAAUGUGGCGCCGUACGCGUUUCUACCUUUACUCUGCCUUAUCGUAUAUAUGAUUCUUUUUACUUUGGGCGUGGGUCCAGUUCCCUGGAUAUUGGUGGCAGAAAUGUUCCCAGCGAGAAGUAAAUGCCUCGCUAGCGGUAUUGCCUCCUUCUGCUGCUGGCUUGCUGGCUUCGUGUGGACCAGGUUUUUCCGUGACGUAGCAGCAUCAUACGGCAUAUACACGGCUUUCUGGAUACUAGCUAUUUGCUGCGGUUUCGGUUUUAUAUUCUCUGUCAGUCCCUUAUUACCGGAGACUAAAGGAAAAACCUUUGACGAGAUUCAAGAGAUGUUAAAUAAAGGGUCUAAGGAAAAUAAACCAGUAGAUGUCUAAUAUAAUUUAAGUUGUCACAGAAGAAAAAUCGAGUGUCUAAUAAAAAUUAGAUGACUAUAAUAUAAAAGGAAUAGCAAAGGCUUCAGAAUUGAUCCUUGUGGAACUCCUGAUGAAUCAUGAAACCAAUUAUU